AACUGUUAUCGAGCUCAGAAUAAAGUAAAGGUCACGAUUAGAGUUGGAUUUUAGUUGUGAUGGUUCUAAAACCAAAUCUUACAGAAGUACAGAGGACCUUCUCGGGUGCCCUAGUUCUUCCUGAGAUCGUGCCCUAUGUCACGGUGAUCUUGGGCAACAACACUGGCUCCGUCUGCACUGGGUCGCUGAUAGCACUAGACCUCGUGCUGACUCUGGCUCGGUGUCUGUACGACGGUUUUCAUCAGUGGGAGUUCUCCGAUAGCUUGACUGUACUCUCGGGAGUCUCCACGCUGACCAAUCUGACCGCUCAGGCCUCAGUACAGAAGCGGUAUGUCAGCUCGAUAAGCCUCCAUCCCAACUUCCAGGUAACGGCCGCGGAUCCUUCUUUCGGAUAUAACGACAUUGCAAUCCUUAUGGUGAAUGAACCGUUCAAGGAGACGGAUUCUGUGAAGCCGACUCCGGUGGGUGACAUUGACUGGACGGUGAGCAGCGAUGUCAAGUGUAAAAUGGCAGGGUUUGGUGCAGUCAAUCCACUGAGUUUCUCCCCGGAGGAUGACCAUCUCAAACUUCACGAGGUGGUGGCCACACGGCGGUGCGACUGUCAGCAGAGCCUAAUCAAUCACUUCGGCCAUCGUGUCGACCGCUGGAUCUGCCUCAGACCUGAGGGAAAUCCUGGGCCUUGUGUGGGAAGUGCGGGGGCGGGACUGGUGUGUGACGGGAAGCUGCUGGCCCUCAACGUCGGCAUCAUCCCUUUUAGCGAUCUCACUCAGUGUAUCUUCAGGCACACCCCCAUGGUCAGCUGUGAGAGUAAGUAUUCCCUGGCGAUCUUCCUUGACCUCUGCCCGUACCUUCCCUGGAUUCACUUCAAUUAUCGUGAAAUAUCUGCCGGCCCUAUUAACUGUUCCAAGUCUAACGGUUUGUAUCCUAGCCUCACAGCAAUUGUAUUUGUUGCCUCCUUGCUAAGAGCGUAUACUGCAACUGCUUCAAGAGUUUACAUCUGAUUUUUAAUUUUCUGUUAAAUAAAUGGUUUUAGACACUUAAGAAUUUGUGUGAGCGUAAAUCAGUUACUUUUACAAUGUAAUUAAACUGAAAUAAAUCAUUGUUA